AUGCUUCAUAUGCUGCGCGUAAACACACCAGAGGAAGAAGCAAACAGUAUCAAGCAGCAGCAGCAGCAGCAGCAGAAGCAGCAGCAGCAGCAGCAACAGCAGCAACAGCAGCAGCAGCAGCAGCAGAGCCCGCAGCAGUGCCAGGCGCAGCACCAGCAACCGCAGCAGCAGCCGCAGGAGCAGCAGCAGCAGCGACAGGCGCAGCACCAGCAACCGCAGCAGCAACAGCAGCAACAGCAGCAACAGCAGCAGCAGCAGCAGCAGCAGCAGCAGCAGCAGCAGCAGCAGCAGCAGCAGCAGCAGACCUUCGUCUUGCUUGAGGUCUUCAUCGAGAAAGUCCUGAAAAAGGGUUUUCUUUUUUUUCAAAACCUCCGAAAUUUCGCUGCGGAGACUUUGAGGGUUCCAAACCCUUUCGUCGCUAGGGUUUGUCUCCAGCUGGUGCGCUAG